CACACAUAAGAAUACAAAGACAUUAAGAUAAUUAGGUAGCGAGAGAGAGAGAGAGGGUGAAACAGGCCAAUCAAAUUGUAGCCUGUAUAUAAAUAGCGUUGAACGUGAUUACCAGGAGGUCAUAUUUCAUAUCUACCCUAUGUGUAAAUUGAGGAUUACAUAUAAACAACACCCCGAAUACAUACUUAUCUAUGGAUAUACAAAGAUGAACAUGAACACAUACAAAACAUUUAUCAUCGGUUAGAAUAAUACUGGAAUUUCCUUUUUCAUUUGGUUUUUUUUUCACCCUCUGUCAACAACGGGUUAUGAUUUAUGAGUAUAUAACAUUAAGGUCUAAUGUAACCGAUAGGCAAUUCUGUCAGGAUUCAUACUCAAAUCAGACGAUUAGUUAAUUUUUCUCUCUGCAAUAAAUAUACAUAUGUAUGGUGAGAGAGAUAAAUUCUCUCUCCCCUUGUCAUUCUAUUGUACACAUUGAAUAUAUUGCGGUAAAUUUGAACGAGUAAUUUAAGAAAAAUCAAUAUUUUUUGGAUUAUUCCCUUGAAGAAAUAAAAUAUAACAAACAAACAAACAAACAAAUCAGUUAAAAGGAAAUAUAUAAGUCGACAUGGACAUAUGAUUCACUGUUUUAAAAUUUUCCAACAUAGAAAUGCAUUUCAACAAAGAAACAAGUUGAAAUUAAUCGCUUGGAACCAUUGAAUUAACUAUUUACAUUCGAAAUAAUCAAAUGUGUAGUCUUUUUAUCAGAUAAAUGUGAAAAUGAUUUGCUUAACAAUUCCAUUUAUUACUACGUUUCAUAAUAUAUAAUAGUAAUAAUAACAAUAAUAAUGUCGAUUUGGUUAAGUAUUCUACCAUUUCUAUGUUUGAUUACAUUUAGUGCACAAUUGAAGGAUUUAUUGAUCACAGAUUCACCAGAUGAAAUACCCCAACUGGAUCCAUUGUUACAAUCACAAGAGAAUGAUCAAAUUGAACGACAAAGGCAACAACGACAACAACAGCAAGAUCCAACUCUAGUGAAUAGAUUAACAAAGAAUAAUCAUAUUCCUGAAGUUUAUCGUCAUCAGUCAAAUUCUGAUUUACGUUUUGUAGAAUCUUCAAAACCACAGAAUUCAAUUUAUCUGCAUACAAGUAAUGGAUAUACAAAUUCAGAUGUAAACACAAAUGAUAUUAACAAUUAUAAUCAUGACCGAUUGAAUAAAAGUCAGUUAGAACAAGCAAAUUUAGAUCAUAAUAAUAAUAAUAUGAUAACUUCAGAAGCAUUCGUCGGUCCAGAUGGGAAGCUUCAAAUGAGUAUAUGUGAUCAUCCAAAUGGGUUUUUACGUAGACAGAAAAAGUUAUGCCGUCAGUAUUUACAUUUAAUGGAGAGUGUAAUACGUGGUUAUUUUAUGGGUUUAAAAGAAUGUGAAUAUCAAUUCUCAGCACAUCGAUGGAAUUGUCAAGGUCAUAAUUUAACUAUUCAACAGAUGUCCAAUAGUAAUAGAAGACAGAAACGUUUAAGAUACAGAGAGUCAGAAACAAAAAAUGAUAUAGAUAAUUCACGCAAAAAAUCAGUACGUAUACAAACGUACUUAGAUAAAUUAUUAUCUAAAGGUACACGAGAAUCAGCAUAUGUUUUAGCGGUCACAUCAGCAGGUGUAUCGCAUGCUGUAACUAAAGCCUGCAGUAGUGGGUUACACGAUAAUUGUGGAUGUGAUCGAACAAUAUAUGAUCAUCCAAGAGAACCAAAUUUUGAAUGGUCAGGUUGUUCAGAUAAUAUACAUUUUGGUGCAGCAUUUUCACGACAAUUUCUUGACGUACGUGAACGUAACCGGUUGAAACGUAAUCCAAAACUUGGACUAACUAACUUACACAAUAAUCAUGUUGGAAGACAAAUGGUAAUCAAUAAAAUGGAAGUUCAAUGCAAAUGUCAUGGUGUAAGUGGAUCAUGUGAAAUGCGUACAUGUUGGAGAUCAUUACCGAAGUUUCGAAAUUUAGGCGCUCACUUACAGGAAAGAUUUCAUGAAGCAAUACAAGUUACCUAUUUACAUAAUCGGUUAGUUUCAAUGAAAGCUUUAGAAGAACUAGGUAAAGAACCGAAUGGAAAUCUAUUAUUACUAUCUGCUACAUCAUUGAUAUCACCAUCAACAUCAGGAUCGUCAUCAUCGUCAUCUGGAGGAUCGACAGCCUAUGGAAUGAAUAGGAAUCCAUUGGAUUCAUUGAUUAGUUCUACAUCAUCGUCUUUGACAUCACCAACAGAAAAUGAUUUAAUUUAUAUUAGUGAAUCACCGACAUUUUGUCAUCAUGAUCCACGAUAUGGUAGUAUCGGUACAUAUGGACGUCAAUGUGAUGAAAAUUCACAAGGAUUAAAUAGUUGUCAUUAUUUAUGCUGUGGUCGAGGUUUUAAACGACAAACUUUUGUACAACAAGAAAGAUGUGACUGUAAAUUUCAAUGGUGUUGCAAAGUUGUCUGUAAAACUUGUCGUAAAACAGUUGUUAUAUCUACAUGUAAUUAAUAUAUAUAUA